AUGAGGAUAAAUCCAUUACGAUUGUUAUCAUUCAUCAGUUUACUUGUCACAGCAAAAACCCAACGAUCAAUUAUUAUAACACAUUGGCUUGGUAAAGGUACAAGAAAUGUUAAACAUGAAACUAUUGCCAAUAAUAUUCUCGAUAGUGAUGGAAAUAUUAUUCCACAAACAUCAAAUGGAAGGAAAGAUGUGAACGACAGAAUGAUUUAUGAUUGUACUGAUAUUAUGGGAAAAAUACGACAAAACGGUGAAGAGUAUGAACGACCAAAUGGUCGAUUUAAAUAUAAGUGUAAUAAUGGCAUUGAAAUUAUUACAGCUUGUAUCGGUUCUGAACGAACUUCUAAAGCAAUAAUAAAAAUUGAAGCAGCAUGUAACGUAAAUGAUAAAUUAUAUCACAUUGAUGACGAAAUUCGAUCCCAAUUUUUGUUGAUGAAAUGCACUGAAAAUGGUUACAAAAUAAUUGGUUGUUAUUAUACUGAUAAAAACAAGAAGAUAAUAGACAUGAAACUAGAUUCAGUAUCUGAAACGAAUGAUACGAUACAUCAUUGUGAGGACAAUAACAAUAACAUACAGUACUAUACAACAGCAAUUGGUUGUGUGAAAUAUGGCAAAAAGCAUAAGGAAGGCGAAAAAUUUGCAAGAAAUCAUUUACGUUAUGAAUGUAAAAAUGGAAUAGUUGAUAUUAUUGGUUGUUAUAUGGAUGAAAUAGGACGGAAUAUUGAAAUUGGCGAUAUUAUUGUUGAAAAACAUAUGCUAUAUAAAUGCUCUUUUGAAAGUGGUGAAGUAAAAUAUGAACAAUAUCCUUGUGGAUUGAAUGGUACACCAUCGUGUGAAAUUUCACAAAGACAACAAGGACCAAUUAAAAAGCCAACAAUAUCUAAGCUUAGUCCAAGCUUUGGAGCACUUAGUAUUGCGCAGUAUAUUAAUCGAGGCAAUGAUAAGAUUAUAACCAAUUCAAACGGAAUGAAAUUGGAAUUUAUGCAAUUACCUUCCCGCAUCAUUUAG